UAAUGAUAAUAAUGAUCAAGAUGGCUACUUCAGAAUCCUCCUUGCGGUAGCUAACCACCAAUUUCAUGGAAGCUGUCAAAACUGCGAUUUCCUGCAGUUUAAGUCACUCGUAGGCGACGGGGGCUGUUCCAGGGAUAAUACUGUAUGGAUUAAAACGGGCCGAGGAGCGAUAAAAGUCAUUGUGUUGCCCGCAGCACUCAUUCCGAGGAAGCUAACUAGCUGAGCAACUAGCUAGCUCUUACUUGUCGACCAUCUCCAGUUUAGCUCCCCUGCCACUGGCGGCUGAGAGGAGCGUGGCGCUCCAGGUUUUGUGUGCCCGGACGUCGGAAGGAGAGCGUCAAAUGGCAGAGCCGAGGAAAGUGCCGUUCGUCACCAUUUCCACCCUCAACACCACCCCGCCGCCGACCCCGGAGACCAGCAAGAAACGCCGCCGCGAAGAUGAGGCCGUCGACAUCACUUUUGGGAAAGAUGGAGGUGGGAGUGCGGUCGGGUCAGGGGGUGGCGGAGGUCUGUUCGGCAACGAGAAAGGUAGCGACGCGCAGAGGGAGGAGAAGAAGCCCACCGUCCGCCUCAACCUCACGCUGAGCGAGCCGAAUGAGCGAGGGUCCUCCGAGUUCAACUACGGCGAGCUGGUCCACUCAUCUCUUUCUCAGGUAAAGCCCGUGGGUUCUGCUGUACCCAAAGGACUCACUCCUCCACUGGACCCCAGUGACCCUUUUGCAGAUGAUGAGAAGGAGAGGCGGGAGGUAGAAGAGCUUGCCAGAAAAUUUGAAAGCAAAUAUGGCGGCAGCUCGAAGAAGAAGAAAAAGGACAGAAUGCAGGAUCUCAUUGACAUCGGCUACGGCUACGAUGAAACCGAUCCCUUCAUUGACAAUUCAGAAGCUUAUGAUGAGCUGGUACCGGCCUCUCUCACCACUAAACAUGGAGGCUUUUACAUCAACACGGGCACUCUGCAGUUCAGAGCUGCGUCUGACUCUGAGGGAGAAAACGCGGCUGGAAACGAUAAUCAUUUCAAGAAGAUGAAAGACGGUGAAGAGCGAGUGAUUAAAAAGCGACGGAAAAAGCAAGAUGGUGGAAUUUUGGAGGAAAAGAAACCCCGAAAAAACAAAGUACCAAAGUCUGGCGUUUUAGCUUUAAACCGUCCAGAAAAGAAGAAGAGGAAGAAGCUGAUGAAGGAUUCCCUGCACCUGGCCAACAUGCUGCGACGCUUCACCAGGGAAAAGGAGGAGAUGCGCAAGAAGAACAUGGCCGCCGCCGGUCUGCCGCGACCUAGCCCCAAAGUGCCGAACACCAACAGUGCGCUCCUGAACACCCAUCCCAAGGCCGCUGGCAGCAACGAGUGCAACAUGGCCGACCUUUCCGCAGACCCUGCUGUGAUGUCGCUGCUCGGCUCGGCCAACAACGACUUACUGCAGGACAUGAUGGGUGACCUGGACUUUGGGAUGCUGGACUCGCCUCAGCCUUCCAGCCCGGCUCAGGGGGAGAACGGCUCCUUUGGGAUGGGACACAAAAUGGGAGGUAGCCGGGCGGUGCAGAGCAGUGUGAUUACCCCUCCUCCUCUGCCCUGCGGACUUCCAGACCCACUCGCGAAACGCAUUGAAGACCUGAGGGCGGCGUCCCGUCUGUUUGAUGAAGAGGGCAGAAAGAAAUUCUUCACACUGGACAUGAAUAACAUCCUACUGGACAUCGAGCUGCAGGUUCAGGAGCAGCCCACAGAGGUGCGUUCAGCUGUCUACUCUCACCUGGAGGCCUUUGUGCCCUGCAAUAAAGAUGCUCUGCUCAAACGACUGAAGAAGCUCAGCCUCAACAUACAGGAUGACCGACUACGAACGCCCCUGCUGAAGCUGAAGUUGGCGGUGUGCAGUGUGAUGCCAGAGCAGAUCGCUCGAUACAACAUGGACUGCAUCGCCAAAGUUGCAAAGCAGCAGUCUGAGGAGGGAGAGAAAAAUGGCUCGGAGGAUGACGAUGAGGAGAAGCCGGGGAAGAGGGUGAUAGGGCCUCGGAAGAAGUUUGUGUGGGAUGACAGACUCAGGUCACUGCUGUGUAACUUGGUGCGGGUGAAGCUAACCUGCUACGAGCGUGAAGGCAAGAACACGCUGUCUCUGGAAGACUACCUCAAAGCCUUCAUGGAGACUGAAGUCAAACCCCUCUGGCCUAAGGGGUGGAUGCAGGCCAGGAUGCUGUUCAAAGAAAGCAUCAUGGCUCACGGUCAUCUCACUGGCUACACAGCAAAGAAGAAGAUGCUCCCUGUUCCCAAAGCCAAGCCAAAGGAGGCUGUGUGGGUUCGUCACACCACACCCUCAGCAGGUGCCACUCCCUCCCCUGCUGCCCAGGUCGCCACGCGUCCGACUCAGUCACCGUCUGAGCCCAUAUGUCUCGAUUCCCUCGAUGAGGCUCCCUCUCUGGACUCCAUCUCUCAGGCCUUGGCCAUCCUUGGCAAUGCAGCUAAGGGCCUGGCCCAGGGGGACAGCCCCCCGUCCCCAGAUAAACCCAAGACUGUCACCACCCCCUCCGGCCUCCACACCUCACCGGUCAUCCAGCAGCAGAAAAAGAACACUGUCAGCACUCCCAAUAGCUCCAAAGCACCUCACUACAUCUCUACCUCUUCGUCAUCCUCCACCUCUUUGUCUCGGUCUCCCUCCGUCACGUCCUCUCCUCUGCCCUUGGUCAGGGUGGAUGGCAUGGGGGUUGUUAAGGGCACUGCGCAGGCGCACAGACAUUUACUUUUAAACACGCAGAGACCUUUGAGUGUGGGUGUGACUAAAGCCAACAUGCCUGCCUCAGUGUCUCCACCUAAACCACGUCCACCGCCCACUGCGUCUCCACUAGUGGCACCAGGAUCAAAGACCGGGGUCUCCACUGCCCCUUCUGGGCUCCUCAAAGGCAGCAAUAAUAACAAAGUCAACAGUGUUGACACUCUGAUCAUCACAUCACCUCGGCUACACACCCUCUCAUCGCCCUCAGUCACGGUACAGAAAACAUUUCAGACACCUCACCUGCCCCAGACUCCCCAGAGUAAAUCCUCCUCCUCCCUCUCGCAAACACUCCCCAGCGUACAAGCACAGCCACAACCACAGUCUAACUUCAUCACCCCUAUGCACGCCACUCUCACCAAGUCCACCCACAGCAGCAUCCCACCCAUCGUCAAACUCACUCCCCGCACACCCAACCCCAUCGUCACCGUUGCCACCUCAUCCUCAGCUUCCAUUUCUCAAAGUCCCAGGUCUCAGGCAACCCCGUCCCUACACCAGUACCCUAACAAAAGCCCAGCAGGUUUCCGCCCGCCGUUCUCAGGUGCCCAAGGAGGAGUGAACAAGCCGGGGCAAGGCAGUUACACUCCUCCAGGCAGCCAGAAGACCCCCAACAGCAGCACCAACACCAGCCUUAUUAACACCUCAUCCAUAAGCAAGCAUUCAGGAUCCAGUGCCUCCCCCACGACAGCCUCUGCCAAUCAAGGUCAGCGCCAGAGGUCUGGGGGCGGGACACCUCAGGGCGCCAAGCCAGUCACAUCUGUCCCAAUGUCAUCCGUCUCUUCUCAGCUGCCACAGGUCUCCGCGGCAGGAAGCAGCAAUCUGCUCAGCUCAGCCUCGUCUCUUCCGCUUGGUUUUGGGAUGCUGGGGGGGCUGGUGCCUGUGUCCCUGCCCUUCCAGUUCCCUUCACUGUUAAACCUGCCUUCGCUGGGUGCAGCAGGCUCCAACACGGCACCCAGCAGCUCUGCAGCCAGUAGCAACCCACCGUUCUCCACCCUGACCCAGAAUCUGUAUAAGAGCCUCCAGUCAGGGUCUCAGGUUGCUCUGCCUCCUCACUUGCAGCUCGCUUUCUCAGAUGUCAGUCAAAGCCAGGGAGGUGAUGCUAAGAGGAAGACUCUAUGAUCCAGCGGACCCAGCUGAUGCAGUCCAAUCAAACGAGGAAACGUUGGGACAGCCGGGACGCACAGACCGCACAUAACAGGGGUCUGAAUUACAGACUUUUGCUUUUAAGAUCAGCUCAACUAUCCACAACUACCAGUUAAAAAUAACCUUUUUAAAACAAUGACAACUUUUAAAUCUUUGAGCUGUUAAAUAAAAUGGCAAAUGCAGUUUGCCAAUGUUUACACAAUAGACCUAUAUCACUGUGGACAGGGAGGAAUGAAUGAAUGGGAUUUAUAGUUGAUUGAGGUGUGUGUGUGUGCUUGCUGGGACUGUGUGCCUUUUGUAUGGCUCCCUUUCUGAUGCAUGGUCAGUGUGUCUACUUGGUGCUGUUUUUAUCAUAAUGUAAUUAUCACUGAUACCUGUAAGAAAUGUAAACAAAUUGUUGAAUUUGAGCUUCUUUUUUUUUUUUUUUUUUUUAAAGAGAGAGCUGUACAUGUUUUAAUUGUACUUGAAUUCUUGGAUAAAUUUGUUCCUGUAUAGAACUCAAACUGACUUUUAAUUAAAAUCUUUCUCUUCAAAUGAA